AUGCCUCUCUCCUUUAGCUACGGGGUGUUGGACACCCCUCGCUUUUCAACAGUUACCGCAGCCUUCCAGCAUUAUGUAGCCGUGAGGGCUGGUGCCAUCGCUACUCGGGACCUCUCAACCCAGCCUCCAUCCCAUAUCACGCAUGGUGAGCUUGCCCCGAGAAGUGCCAGUCUUGCACGGAAGCUGCAAGGUCUGGGCGUGGUACCAGGACAUCGUGUACCCCUUGUCGUCAAGAGUGGUAUCGAUAUGCUCGCAGGUAUUACGUCCAUUCUUGGCUCUCGUGCUCAAUAUGUGCCUCUUGAUGGAAUGAUUGUUUCCGAUGCAACCCUGAAGUUUGUUUUAGAGCAGACCCGAGGGCAUACUGUCUUGGCUUUACGGUCUACCAGUCAUCGGCUAUCUCAUAUUGAUAAAUUCAAUGUUGUCGCCAUUCACAAUUUGGAAUAUGUCGAUGUUACUCGCCAAAAUGUUACCAACCUCGUCUUUCAGUUACUCAGUGAUCUUGGUAUCGCACCUGGUACACGAGUCGGUGGAGUACUCAAUAUCAGCUUUAAUAUAGGUAAGUAUUCCAAGGUUGUUGUCACCGCAUGGGAGGUACUCGGUUGUCUUGUGAAUAGAGGCAUUCUAAUCCCUCAUGGCCCAGGCUGGCGAAAAGCCUUACAAGAGGUUGACGUCCUUGUGUGUGCCCCAAGCAUAUUGGCCAAAUAUAACCCUGUGCGCUAUCCUAAUAGCAAAGUUGUGGCUACAGCUGGCGAGCCUUCAUCCCAACGACUUGCUGAUCUAUGGGCCUCGCACUGCACGUAUUACAAUUGCUGUGGCCCUUCAGAGACCAUCAUUGUCAACACCAUGCACAAGCACCAAACCUACCCGCCAUUGUCUAUUGGCGCACCAACACCAAACAAUAAUGUUCCCAUACUUAAUGAUAACAGCCAGCCAACCGAUAUUGGUGAGAUUGGUGCCAUGUGGGCUGGCGGGUUAGGGGUCACCCGUGGCUAUGUCAGUUUGCCAGAGAAGACAGCCGAGAGAUACGCUCACGAUCCCUUUAUGAACGAUGAGUCUAAAAUAUAUAACACGGGGGACCUUUGCAGCUGGAACGUCGAUGGGUCCGUUCACAUCCUAGGUCGCGUUAGCGAUAGAGUCAAAGUCAGGAGAUUUAGAGAGGAGUUUGAUGGUGCAGUCGCUUCAAUGGACUCCUGUCGAGCCGUCAACCGAGCCGCAGCUCUGCCCACUGAGGGAGAAAUUCAUGGUUUUCUCACUCCAAAAGACUGCGAUCUUGGGAAGGUGGUAGAUCAUGUUAAGAGCCGUCAACCAUACUAUGCCAUCCCAACUCAUUUCGACUUGCUGGACACAUUCCCCAUGACUGUCAAUGGAAAGAUUGACAAGAAAGCCCUCAGAGCUAGAGACUCCUUGGCUGAGAAGAGCUCUCCCACCGAGGAGAAGACCCCUACAGAAGUCAUUGCUUCUCCAAAGCCUGCGGUCAUCAGCCACUCGCGAUCCGACAGCUCGACUUCAAGCCUCACACAAGUCAGCUAUACCUCCGAAAAAUCAGAAGCCACUGUUGUUGAAGAGAGCAUCGACCUCGAAGCGGCGCUUCCGGAAAAGAGGCAAAGGAAACGUAUGCGGGGUCUCCGACAUCGCAUCCUCAUUGUGUAUCGCCUCUUGUUCACUCUGGUUGGCAUCUUCAACAUCGCAGCUGCUCUCGCAGUCAUUCUCUCUGGUAUCCAAAGAGAAUGGCUAGGUACGGUUCCAGCGAUCAACCUCGCCCUUGCCGUUCUUAUUCGACAGGACUUCAUCAUCAAUGCCCUAUAUACGAUAACGUGCAGUAUACCCAAGUCCUGGCCACUCGCUAUCAGAUCUCGAUGCGCCAAGAUUUAUCACCUUGGUGGCGUUCACUCUGGCGCUGCAAUUAGCGCCGGCGCCUGGCUCCUCGCUUCCAACAUUGGCAAUGUUGUGUGCAUGACUUCAAAAUGCUCUAACUGGGGCCAUCAGUCGCUGGCUGUAAAUAUCAUCUCUUGGAUGCUUUUGGCUCUCUUCUUCGUCAUGUUUGUGAUGGCGUAUCCAUCAGUCCGAAAAGCACACCAUGAUUUAUUUGAGAAAACGCAUCGCUUUGUUGGAUGGGGCAUGCUUGGUCUCUUUUGGGCCCAAGUGGUUCUUACCUAUAAUGAUACUAGGGACUUAAGCACAUCUUUGGGCAGCACCUGUGUACAGUCAGCCUCAUUCUGGCUCCUCACUAUUACCACUGCCAGCAUUGCUUUGUCUUGGGUUUUUCUACGAAAGGUACCUGUUCAAGCAGAAAUCCUCUCUGAUCACGCCAUUAGACUUCAUUUUGACUAUACAGUCCCAGUCAAUGGGUCAUUUACUCGCUUGUCUAAGCAUCCUCUGCUCGAGUGGCAUUCCUUUGCCACCAUCCCAACUCCAGAGCCUGCAAACAACCGCCCUAAAGGCUAUUCCCUCAUUAUCUCAAACGCAGGCGACUGGACUAAGGCAAUGAUAAAAGAGGAACCGACUCAUAUUUGGACUCGUGGAGUUCCUACGUGCGGCGUUAUGCGUACCACUACUCUCUUUAACCGUAUUAUCCUAAUUGCAACUGGAUCUGGCAUCGGACCUAUGUUAGGCCACAUUCAAAGUCUUUCUUGCCCGAUACAGCUAAUUUGGUCAACAUCUCGACCAGAGCAAACGUUUGGAAAGGAUCUGUGUAACGUUAUCAAGGCCCAGAUACCUAACGCAGUUAUCCAUGAUACCAAGAGAUUUGGCCGCCCAGAUCUAGUUAAGAUGGGUUAUAAUCUUGUGCAAAGUUUCAAGGCGGAGGCUGUGAUUAUUAUUGCAAACGAGAAGGUUACUAAGAAGGUUGUUUAUGGUCUUGAGACUCGGGGUGUUCUUGCAUAUGGGGCGAUUUGGGAUAGCUGA